AGUUAGAACUGAGUUAGUUAUGGGUAUUUCGUGUAAAAUACAUCUUAAAAAAUCACGGGAAGGUAUUCACCGAGCCGGUGAGCCUAUCAACGGAAUACUGAGCUACGCGAUCGAUGAACCAACAGAGUAUCAAACAGCGGUUCUAUCCUUUGUGGGCACGGCGAAAUGCUUUUGGAGAGAAUACGACUUGGUGCGUAAAUCUAGUUAUACGUACAGUGGUAAUGAUGAAUUCUUGUCGUUGCAUACAAAUAUUAUAAAGAAACAACCAGAACAAACUAUCACACUUGACGUCGGGACAUAUGAAUUUCCUUUUGAAUUUCUUUUACCUGCAGAGAUACCAUCCAGCUUCCAAGAUGAAUACAGUGGUAUCGAAUAUCAUGUGAAGGUAAAAUUUAUGAAGCCAAGCUUUUUCAGUCUAACCAAGAAAUUUGAGAGAGAGGUAACUGUAUAUGGCAAUGUUAAUCCUGUUACUGGAAGUGAAUCACGCACUUAUGAGCUACAGAAGAAAUUGUUUAAAUGGUUUUCCUCUAUAGAACCAAUUAUUUAUCUGAAGGCACGGAUUGCUAAGUCCUUCCUGACACCUGGUGAAAAUGCUCUUGUAGACAUGGCAGUGGCUAAUGAGACUGACACGGACAUAAGCAAUAUUACUACAGAACUUUCCUGCAGAACAACUUACACCGGGAAAAGAUUCUUUAGUAUUAAAGCUAAAGUGGUAGAUGAGACAAUAAAGGGAUGUGCGAGUAUUACCCCUUCAAUCCCAGCAUAUAAAACAGUAAAAUAUUCAUGUAUAGUUCCAACACUGCCGCAUUUGUAUUCGAUCCAGCACAGUAAAAUUAUAAGCAAAGAGUACUUUAUAACAGUAAUUAUGAAUUUACCUUUCCCCCAUAUAAUGGCAACUUGUACAAUACCUAUUGUAAUUGGAGAAGGCAGGGGAGGAGACUGCUUACGUAUUGUAGAGUUAGAGGAGGAUUUAGAAUCUUACGAAGUGCUGGAACAAAGUGCUGAUGAAUUUGAUGAACCCCCAUCCUAUUGGGAAGUGAUGAAUGAAGACAAGAGUCAAGAUGAAGGUCGCAGCACCAGUAAACAUUAGAACAGAGGAAGAGGACAGCAUUAUUUAGAUUUAAAAUUAAGUUUAUUUUCUGCAUUUUA